CUUCACUUCAUUCAGUGGACAUCUGUUGAAGUGACGAGCUUUUCAGGUCGCGCGAGUUUUUGCCAAGUUAUAGAACUAUAUAUAAUAUAUUUAUUGAUUUAGUUAUCUGUAGUAAGUUAUUAUUUAUCAUUGUAAGUCAUGGCUAGGCUAUAGCUGGUCAUUAUUGUUGACCUUUUUUCGUCUCUUCAACCACAAUGGCGCGUGGAGAAAUUAAGGCGCUAGAUAUGGAGGGAACUGCGGACAUGGCUGUAGAUCAGGACUUGGGCUGUGAUGAUGUUCUCGAGUUCAACCAGUUCGACGGUCUUCCCUUUUCCUCACGGUAUUAUAACCUACUAAAGGAGAGGAAAGCUCUUCCAGUUUGGGGAGCUAAGUGCGAGUUCAUGGACUACAUCACCAACAGCCAGCUUGUUAUUGUUAGUGGCACUGCGAAAACUGGACAAAGCACUCAGAUCCCACAGUGGUGUGCAGAGUUCUGCCUGUCUGUGCAGUACAGGCACGGCAUGGUGGUGUGCACUCAGAUCCGCCGACAGAGCACAGUGGAUCUCGCCCUGCGUGUGGCCGAUGAAAUGGAUGUGAACAUUGGCCAUGAAGUAGGAUACGUCAUCCCUUUCCAAAACUGCUGCUCCACCGACACUGUGCUUAGGUACUGCACUGAUCACAUGCUGCUUAGUGAGAUGAUGUCCGACCCUCUGUUGGAGCAGUAUGGUGUGGUGUUGAUCGAUCAGGCUCAGGAGCGCACGGUCAGCACAGACCUCCUACUCGGCCUGCUUAAAGAUGUGCUGCUGGCGCGGCCUGAGCUGCGUCUGGUCAUCCUCACUGCACCUCAAUCCUCCGACAAGCUUCUACGCCACUACGGAAACGUGCCCCUGAUCCAGCUUGAGGCAGAACGACCUUCUGAAAUGGUGUAUGGCACUGGGAGGGGAGGUGUCAAAGACUAUUUGUAUGCCUCUCUCCAGCUGGCUAUGGAAAUCCACCAGUCUCAAGAGCAUGGAGAUAUUGUAGUGUUUCUGGCUACUGAACAAGAGAUUGAAUGUGCUCGUGCCAUCUUGCGGAGGGAAGGGGCUGGUGUAGCUUCAUCACUAGGUGAGCUUAUUCCCGUGUCAGUCUGUCCAGAGCAGGAGCACAGUCUGCCUGUACUUACAGAACCGGAGGGCAGGUGCAGGAGGGUCUUCCUCACGUGCGGUCCAACUGAAGACUUAUUCUGGGCCAUGCAUAGCAUUCGCUUUAUCAUUGAUGCUGGAGUACAAAAGAGAUAUGUGUACAACCCUCGAAUCAGAGCCAGCUCUAUUGUUAUUCAACCAAUCAGCAAAAGCCAAGCUGAAUGCCGCAAACAACUGAUUGGUCCAACAGGGAAGUGUUUCUGUUUGUACCUGGAGAACACGUCCCUUCCCACUGAGAAUGUGCCUCACAUCCUGGAGUCAGACAUCACUUCCACGGUGCUUUUCCUUAAGAGGAUGGAAAUCGCUGGGUUGGGUCACUGUGAUUUCAUUGAUAGGCCAGAUCCUGAGGGCCUCAUGCAGGCUUUAGAAGAACUGGACUACCUGGCGGCUCUGGAUAACGAUGGUAAUCUGUCUGAGAUUGGAAUAAUUAUGUCUGAAUUUCCUCUGGAGCCCCAGAUGGCUAAAACUCUUCUGGCUUCCUGUGAAUUUGACUGUGUGAGUGAGGUGCUCACAAUUGCUGCCAUGCUUACAGCUCCAAGUUGUUUCCUGGUCCCUCCUGUGGAGUUCAAACAGCAGGCCUUAAAGUGCCAUCAGAGGUUCCAUCACACAGUAGGAGACCACUUCACCCUAGUCAAUGUGUACAAUGCCUACAAACACAGCCAGCACAGCUCAAAUUGCAGCAUCGAGCGCUGGUGUGACGAGCAUUUCCUGAGUUUAAGUGCCCUUCAGAUGGCCGAUGCAGUUCGAGCAGAGCUCACUGAGAUCCUGAAACGUUUAGAGCUGCCAGUGUCAUGUUCAGCCUUUGGCUCAAAGACAAACACACUGAACAUCAAACUGGCUCUGUUGGCUGGCUUCUUCAUGCAGGUGGCCAGGGACAUUGAUGGGACAGGGAAUUACUUCAUUCUUACCCACAAGCAUGUUGCUCAGAUCCAUCCUCUCUCUGUCUAUGGAGCUGAGUCGCCCAAGCAGAACCUUCCUGAGUGGGUUUUGUAUCAUGAGCACACACUGUCUGAGAAUAACUGCAUCAGAACCGUCACCCAGAUUUCAACACAUGAGCUCAUCCAGAUGACUCCUCAGUAUUUCUUCUACAACCUGCCUUCUAGUGAGAGUAAAGACAUACUGCAGUAUGUUAUAAAGCAUGGCUCAGCAGCACCGGGUCAGGACAAGAGCAAAGCACCGACCCUCAACAACAUCGCCAGUGAAGAACAUUCCUAUGAACGCUGUGUCAUACAGUAACCAUGGUAUAUCACACCAUAGCCUCAAAAAAAACAUGAAAAUGAACAUGUAAAAAAAUUAAGUGUUUAAUCACUUGUGUAGCGAUGCAGAACAGUGUACGGCUGUACUGAACGUGGUUUGAAGCUAUAAUAUAUGGACCUCUAGAAAUAGCAUCUUAGUUUAAUGUAAUGCUGAGGGAUAAGUAUAAGAAAUAUGUAUUUGAAUACUGCUGUGCAGUAACUGCAGCCAUUGAGCUGUAGGUCAAAAUUAGUGACUGGACUGAGUUGUUGUUCACUAGUUAGCUAGGUAGCUACUAGUUAGCAUUUGUGUACUCUUUUUGCAUAAAAACUACAAUGUUUCUGUCAACAGUAUUACUGUAGAUGCAGGGUUCCUUGUUGAUGACUCUAAAAAUGUAGGUUUAAUUAGGUGUGUCAUAUGUUCUGUCAAUGCGUUUAUGUAUUUAUCUGCUCGGCUAAUACGUUUGUUUAAUUGCACUAUAAUAAUAAACCAGUUAUUGUUGUUAUUGUUA